AUGCGCAAACUAAUACCGAAAAGUUUUAUAAAUUCCUUGUUUUCCAAUUUAUCCCGGAUUCGAAGAUUUUCCAACGGUGAGCUUGCGAUUUAUCGACCGACCCAAAAAAGGACCAUUUUCCAUUUACUGCUCGACCCGAGAGAAAGUUUCGCGUGA